CCCUCGACACUACACGACAUCCAAGAGUUUGAGGAGAAUUACCAAAACUACCAUAGGCAUCGUCCUCGAAAAAUAAGAACAGAAAAUAAAAGGAGCACACCACCGCAGCAUCACUACACCAGCAAUCACGUCAUCAACUACCAUCCAGUCUCCAACCACCAAUCCCAAAAAAUGGCUUCAUCAGCCACACCCCUCCCAACCCUCCUCACUCUCCACGGCUCCGGCUCCUCGUCGCUGAUCCACACCAUCCAACUCGCGCGUCUAACCCGCCUCCUCAAACCGCACUUCAACCUCCACCACCUCACCGCGCCCUACCCAUGCGCCGCAGGCCCAGGCGUCCUCCCUUUCUUCGAAGGCUGCGGCCCUUACUACCGAUGGCUCCCAUCCACGUACCUCAACAUCACGAGCGAGCAAAUGAAAGCCGGAACCAGCAACAUUGAGAUGCCGCCUGAAGUCGAGGAACUAAUCAAGGGAGCCGUAGAGGAAGUAAAAGGGAAAGGCGGGAAGGUUGUAGGCCUUGUGGGGUUUAGCCAGGGGACUCGGGUUUCGGCGGGGCUGAUGAUGGGACGGGAAUUGCUUUUUGGCGAAUCUGCCUCCGCCGCUUCGUCUUCAUCAUCAUCAUCAGACGAGGAAGUGCAAGGCCUGAAGGCAAAAUACGGCUGGUUGCAAGACUUCCACUUCUUCUUAUCCGUCUGUGGGUCUUUCCCUCCGCCGCUCGUUCCUGCCGGUCUCGUCCCACUUCUUCCCUCCUCUUCCUCUUCAUCUUCUUCAUCGGAUCCAGCAUCCACAUCCACAUCGAGCAAACCAGCACCAUUUACGUACCCCAAAAUCACGGCCCCGACGCUGCACGUCCUCGGCACGCACGAUGAAUGGACGUGGGCGGGCAAACUGCUCAUCGAUGCUUGCUUCGAGGUCGAGCAAGGGAAAAGCGAGGUCUUGACUUUAGAUAUCGGUCAUCAUUACCCUGUUAAGCCCGAGGACAGCGAGAAAAUUGCGAAUUGGGCGAAGGAAGCGUAUGAGAUGACUAGCGCGUGA